GAACACUUCGAAUCUUUCGUCUUACAAAUAUACUAGUAUAUAGUUGAUUUCUCUUUUCUGGGGUGUUUUGUUGGCCACCUUUGACGUUUGGAGCCAUGGAUCCGUUAUUGUUAGCUGGAGUGACUGUGUUUUUUACAGUUUGUAUUUCCAUCGUUUUAGUUGGGUUUUUCCUGUUUCGCGAGGAAAAGUUUGAGGACCAUGUCGCUCAACAAGCUGAACAAGAUGCKGCUAUCUUUACUCGUCCAACUUCUACAAAAGCAAGUAAGAGCAAAGCUAAGCCUGGUCGACGAAAGAAGAAGCAUUCAGAGAAUGAAGGMGAAGGAGUUAUCGCCGGUCAUGAGGCUGACCAGCAGGAAGGUGCCGUUUCGCAAGAUUUACCGGCAGAUACUACGAAGGAGCAUGAGUCCAGUGAAAAACCUAAGUCUAUUUUAAAAGAAAAGAAAAACAAAUCAAAAAAGCAGGCUUCAGUAAAGACUGAAACACAAGCAGCAAACGAGAGGCACACACAYUUUGAAGAUGAACCUAAAGUGGUUGUAGAGGAAGCUGUUUCUGUGCAAGAAUCUUCUCCGCUUGAAUCCGCUUUACCGACAUCUGAACCACCGGAGUAYGAACCCAAACCAGUCGUUAUGGAAGAAAUACAAGCUGAGGUCCAAACUACUGUGAAUGCUGAACCCCAAGCCACUAAGAAAACAAAAACUAAGGCGAAGACACUGAAAGAAAAGUCACAAUCAGUUACAGGUGAAAUAAGUAGCAAGAGUUURUUAAACUCUCUUAAGACKGCUAACCUMAAUGCAACAGAACUUCAAGACUUGAUUGAYGUUCUUCUCAACAAACAGGGCGACAAUGCACAAUGGAAGUCCACCACUAAGGGUGAUGAUACAGAAAUGCUGAAAAGGCAAUUGCAAGAGAAGGAGCAAUUGGUAUUGGAUGAGAAAAAACAAUCUUUGAGUGCUGCUAAUAAGCUGAAAGAACUAAGAGAUGAAAUUCAACAAGAGCGUAUUAAGCAAAAAGCACAAUACACAGCUGCAAGUAAUAAAAUAACAUCCCAGACCAAGGAACUGCAAGCAAUGCAGGCAAGAAUGAAGGCUACACAUGAUAGUCAUGCUCAAGAAGUUCAGACAUUGCAAAACCAAUUGAGAAGGUUUCAAGAAAUGGUGAAUUCUUCRUCAAUGUCCUCUGUGCAAAGACUUCAAGAGGAAAAUGCACAAUUAAAGAAUGCUUCAAUGAGGGCCUCCCAGCUGACUGCAGACAAAGAAUCCCUUACUGCUGAGCUGCAUAAACUACAGCAAAGUCAUCGUCAGUUAAAGGCUGACCUUGCUGCAAGGAUUGAACAGUUUCAGCAAGUGGACAGUCAUCGYCAAGUUCUUGAAAAACAAAUCCAUGAUUCCAAAAUGCAACAGAACUCCAAGCAAGAGGCAGAAAAAGUCCUGAACAAGCGUCUUAGUGAAGUUAAUGAAGAAUUARAGAAAGCCGAAGCAAGAGAAUCCAAACUCAAGAAAGCUAUGGAAGAAGAAGAGCAAAAAUGCAAAAGCCUGGCAGAGCAGCUGAGUAAAGCAGAAAAUAGCAAAUCUAAUGAGACAGACUCCAUGAAUACGCUCACUAGUAAGCUGACUGAAGCAACCACCAGGGUUGCUGAACUAGAAAAAAUGUUCACAUCAGUAGAAACCCAGUUAAGGGAGUCGRAGGAAAAACAGGUCUCUAAGGAUAAAGCAAUAAAGGAUCUGAAAGAAAAGCUAUACCAAGCAAAGUUUUAUUUAUUUUUUAUCAUCUUUUCUUGGCAGGAKGGAAAUGACAUGCCAUCUGAUCCUAAACUACUUAAAGAAAAGGAUGCCACAAUUUCAAAACUAACUGAAGAGAUGAACAAACAAACUGAGGAAAUAGCAAACUUAAAAAAUGCUGUUGAACAAGAAAAGAAAAAGAACAAUGACCUGAGAACAAAGAACUGGAAGGCCAUGGAAGCCUUGUCAGCAACUGAGCAAUCAAUAAAGUCUGAAAUAGAUAAUGCUGUGCGACAAGCCAAGGCUGAAGCCAAACAAGAGGCAGYACAUGUAAUGUCAACCUCUAAUGAAACUCAACAAGAACUGUCCAAAAUCAAAGAAGAUCUUGCUGAAGCAAAGGCUGACAUGAAAAAAAUGGAAGAGACAAUUGAACAGCAGAAAAAGAAAAAUAAUGAUUUAAGGGAAAAGAAUUGGAAAGCUAUGGAUGCUGUUGCAGCAGCAGAGAAAUCAGUCAGCUGUCAGGUCAAAGAAGCAGUAGAAAGCGUUAAGAAAUCAUCAAUGAAAGAUAUGGAUAAUGAAAGAAUAGCAGCCAAGAAUCUUCUGACAUCUCUCCAUCCAGAUGUGAAAGUGGAGUCUUCACUACCGUUUGAAAAAUGGUUGGCUGAAUUCCAGAGACAAGCUAAUGUUAUGAAACCAAAGAUUGUUGAGAAUGGAGAUGCGUUCAAUGAGCUUGAGGAGUCCARAAGGGAGAUGGAGCAGUUGAAAGCAGAAUGUAGUCAUUACAAGAAUGGUCUAGAGGACACAGAAGCUAUGCUCAAAAAGCUAGAAAAUCACAUUGAGUCAGAAAUCAGUAGUUGGGAAAAGAAACUAGAAGUAGCAGAACAUGAGGCCCAGUCGGCAAAAUCAAGGAUAAGUCAAUUAGAGAAUGAUCUCAAACUAGCUAAAUCAUCAUCAGCACCACAUCUAGAAAAAAUCACUUUAUUGGAAAAAGAACUUGCACUGGCUAAAGAAAAAGAAUCAGCUGCUACAGCAAAAGUUUCAUCACUUGAGAAAGAGCUCUCAAAUUCUAGUMAUUUAGAAAAAAUCACUAAGUUAGAAAAAGAACUUUUGCAGUCAAAAGAAAAUGAAAAGAAGAUGUGUGAAUCCAACAAAAAAUAUGAAUCUGUGCAAGAAGAAUUAUCAAGGACUGUGGUACAAUUAAGUGAAGUACAAGGUCAACUAACAACACGAGAUAGUGAGGUGAAAUCCCUACGAGAAGAGAUGAAAAGAAACCAGGAAACAGGUGAAAAUUUCAAGAAAACAAUUGUGUCAUUAGAAGAGGCUUUGGCAAAAGCUAACAAUGACAUUGGGAAAUCACAGGAAUCAAUAAACAGUGACAGCCCUGAGAAGAAAAAGAAAGGCAUCAAGGGGGCAUUUAGCAAACUUACACAUGGUUCAAAGAAAGAUAAAGAAAGUAAAAUUGCAGACAAGGAAGAGGCUAAACUAAUCCAAGCCUACAAGACAGAAAUUGAAGAAUUAAAAGCAGAACUAAAGAAGGCUAAAGAAUCUGAGAUGACUAGGUCACAACAAAUUGAAAAAGAUGUUGCAGAAGCAAUGGCCGAUGGUAAAGCUGCAGCCGAAAAUAAAGUGUCAUCCAUCUAACAUUGUGGGAAGUGCCACUAAAAUUUUAUUUUCAAAAGAAUAAUAGUAAUAUUACACAGAGUAUUGUGGGAGAAACACAUAGUUUAAUAACAAAAGAUAACUGAUAUAUUGUUAUUGUUCAAUUAGCAAUUUUAAUUAAACUGCUUAUACACAGAAAGUUUUCAGGUCAGUUUUUGCAUGUAGAGAUUAGGUUUUACUCAUCAAAUUGACUUGAAGAUUAGUGAUUAGAGUAAAGAAUAAAAUGUAAUAGUCAAGUCAUAAUGCACACACUGAUAAGGAGGUACAGUGACUCCUUCAGUAAUGUAUUAGUCUAAAUUCUAGUACAUUUGUUUUUGUUAUCUCGGUAAGCUAUAAUAGUAACUUAAUUUUAAAAGUGAAAUCUAUGAAAGCUUGCCCAUCACAUGUGCAGCUUCAGUUUGUGAAAUAAACUGUUUCAUGAAAUA